UUUCUCCUUUUACACAAAUAGCCCUGGACAUCCGUGUUACCAGCCUUGUCGCAGCCACCUCAAGAGUAAUCACCAAUUCUGCCUAAGGGACUGAGGAGACGUGCCUGCAAAAGGGCAAGACCAUCCCAACAUGGGCGUGAGUAGCUUGAAACUGCUGAAAUAUGUCCUGUUUUUCUUCAACUUGCUCUUUUGGUUCUGUGGCUGCUGCGUUUUGGGCUUUGGGAUCUACUUCCUGAUCCACAAGAACUUUGGAGUGCUCUUCCAUAAUCUCCCCUCCCUCACGCUGGGCAAUGUGCUUAUCAUCGUGGGCUCCAUUAUCAUGGUGGUUGCCUUCCUGGGCUGCAUGGGCUCCAUCAAGGAGAACAAGUGCCUGCUUAUGUCGUUUUUUGUCCUGCUGCUGAUUAUCCUCCUUGCUGAGGUGACCUUGGCCAUCCUGCUCUUCGUGUAUGAACAGAAGCUGAGUAAGUAUGUGGCUGAAGACCUGAAGGACAGCAUCCGGCGAUACCACACAGACAACAGCACCAAGGCAGCGUGGGACUCCAUCCAGUCAUUUCUGCAAUGUUGUGGUGUAAAUAACAGAAGUGAUUGGACCCAUGGCGUACCAUCAUCUUGCCCUCAAGAUCAACUAGUUAAGGGUUGCUAUGUAAAAGCAGAACAGUGGUUUUACUCCAAUUUCCUGUAUAUCGGAAUCAUCACUAUCUGUGUGUGUGUGGUCCAGGUGUUGGGGAUGUCCUUUGCACUGACCCUGAACUGCCAGAUUGAUAAAACCAGCCAGGUCCUAGGGCUGUGACCUGCUGCUACCUUAUGCUGGAGAGACUUGUUUCAUCUGUGGAAAUCCCAAACCACUUAUAGCAUGAAGCCUAAAUGAUCACCUCUUGGACUGGCAUCUUUGUUCCCCUCCCAUCUCUUCCAUAUUUUGGCUCCUGUCUCACAUGACCAUAGAAGAGGAUGUUGGCAGGCAUGUCCCAUCUCAGGCAGCAAGACAAGCAUUCACCCACUCAUGGCAGCAGCUGUGUCCCUCAAAGUGAUGACACUGAUACCUGAGAAUUCUUCAAACAUGAGACGCCAAAAGAAUCUGUAGCACUAAUGGCUUUGACUAAUGGUCAAAGGAUGGGUCCGGGACUCGAAUUUUUGCAUAUUCCCAUUGUCAAACAAGUCUCUAGCCUCUAAAUCAUGCCCAGUCCACUCUCCAAAGUCAAGCAAGAAACAAGCUGAAGGGAGCUUUGGGACCAGACUCACUGGAUCACUGUCACAACCCUCUGUUUCCUUUUGACUGGAGGCCUUGGCUACAGGAAUGAGAGUACUCUUUCUUCAAAGGUGAAGUUUCAUUUCAAUUUCCUUAUUAAAGGACUUUAUUGAUUCAUUCUAAGUCUUUUCAGAAGAAACAAUCUAGAGAUUCAUAUCCUGACUUCAGCCAAUCUUUCAGCCUUUGAAUUACAUAACUAUGGAGAAACUCAGCAGAACCAGUAUCUCUGGUGGUGAUAGUUACAUUCAUGAGAGUUCUGGUGUUAUUUCUCUAUCAGAUAAAGUUUUGUUAAUGUACUCUUUUAACUCUUCAAUAAAUAAAAAAGCUUAUAAUCUCAA